AGAGAGAGAGAGAGAGAGAGAGAGAGAGAGAGAGAGAGAGAGGUUGUGAAAAGAGCGGCAGGAGGAGUGGGACUUGCUAUUAGGACACCAGCGCCUCUUAAAUCCAGCCGCUCCUCCUUUUUUCCGCAGGAGAUUUGAGGAAACAAACAAAAACAGGAGGAGCAGUGACAGAGAAAAGUAGACUUCCACCUUUUUUAUUUCUUCUCGGCAGGCAGAGGCACCUUGGACACAGAGGGACCGACACCAUGAGAAAGGCUGCGGAUGUUGCGCUGUCUGCGCUGCUCAUCCUGGCGCUGUCGUGCCGGUGCGCCCUCGGCGGCUACGGGAUGAGCUUGUUCGCGGCGCAGACCUCCCCGCCGGACCCCUGCUACGACGAGCACGGCAACCCGCGCCGAUGCAUCCCGGACUUCGUCAACUCCGCCUUCGGGAAGGAGGUGAAGGUGUCCAGCACCUGCGGGAAGACGCCCGGCCGCUACUGCGUGGUCACAUCCGCGGAGAAGGGAGACGAGAGGACCAGGAACUGUCACUCCUGCGACGCCUCGGACCCCAAGAAGUACCAUCCUCCGGCUUACCUGACGGACCUCAACAACCCGCACAACCUCACCUGCUGGCAGUCCGAGAACUUCAUCCAGUUCCCGCUGAACGUCAGCCUCACCCUGUCCCUCGGGAAGAAGUUUGAGGUCACCUACGUGAGCCUGCAGUUCUGCUCGCCCCGACCCGAAUCCAUGGCCAUUUUCAAGUCCAUGGAUUACGGUAAAACGUGGGUACCCUUCCAGUUUUACUCGACCCAGUGCAGGAAGAUGUACAACAAGCCCAACAGGGCCGUGAUCGCGAAGCAGAACGAGCAGGAGGCCGUGUGCACGGACUCCCACACCGACAUGUACCCCCUGACCGGCGGGCUCAUCGCCUUCAGCACGCUGGACGGGAGACCGUCAGCGCACGACUUCGACAACUCCCCGGUGCUGCAGGACUGGGUGACGGCCACGGACAUCAAGGUCAUCUUUAGCCGGCUGCACACGUUCGGCGACGAGAACGAGGACGACUCGGAGCUGGCCCGGGACUCGUACUUCUACGCCGUGUCGGACCUGCAGGUCGGCGGGAGGUGCAAGUGCAACGGGCACGCGUCCCGGUGCGUAAAGGACAGGGACGGGAGCCUGGUGUGCGAGUGCAAGCACAACACGGCCGGGCCGGAGUGCGACAGGUGCAAACCGUUCCACUACGACCGACCGUGGCAGAGAGCCACAGCCCGGGAGGCCAACGAGUGUGUGGCCUGCAACUGCAACCUUCACGCCCGGAGGUGCCGUUUCAACAUGGAGCUGUACAAGCUGUCGGGCAGGAAGAGCGGGGGAGUCUGCCUCAACUGUCGCCACAACACCGCCGGUCGCCACUGCCACUACUGCAAGGAGGGCUACUACCGAGACCUGUCCAAACCCAUCUCCCACAGGAAGGCCUGCAAAGCAUGUGAUUGCCAUCCCGUGGGUGCCGCUGGCAAAACCUGUAACCAAACCACAGGACAAUGUCCCUGUAAAGACGGCGUGACUGGUAUCACGUGCAACCGCUGUGCUAAAGGCUACCAGCAGAGCCGCUCGCCCAUUGCCCCCUGCAUAAAAGAGAUCCCGGUCGCACCUCCUACGACUCCGUCCAGCAGCGUCGAGGAGCCGUCAGACUGUGACUCUUACUGCAAGGCAUCUAAAGGCAAACUGAAAAUCAACAUGAAGAAGUACUGCAAGAAAGAUUACGCCGUCCAGGUGCACAUCCUGAAGGCGGACAAGGCCGGAGAGUGGUGGAAGUUCACCGUCAACGUCAUCUCCGUCUACAAGCAGGGCGAGAGCCGCAUCCGCCGCGGGGACCAGUUCCUGUGGGUCCGCGCCAAGGACGUGGCCUGCAAGUGUCCCAAGAUCAGGCCGGGGAAGAAGUACCUGCUGCUGGGGAACGACGAGGACUCCCCCGGCCAGGGCGGCGUGGUGGCGGACAAAGGCAGCCUGGUCAUCCAGUGGAGGGACACGUGGGCGCGCCGGCUCAGGAAGUUCCAGCAGCGGGAGAAGAAAGGCAAGUGCAAGAAGCCAUAGGCGGGAAAAGUGCCGGGAGAGGAACGAGAAAUUCAAGAGAAAAUCGAAGCAGGUGAUUUGAGAAGAAAAUAAAAUGAAAAGACGAAAAAGAAGAGGGAUGGACAGAGGACCACGGACAGAGAAGAGACUGAUUAUGUUGCUGCUUUUUUGUGUAGAAGCAUGAAGAGAAUUAUUUAGGAUGAUUUGUCUUUUCCUAGUGAACUUUUGUUGAAGGAGCUCACCUUGCAGAUUUGGUUUGAUGGUUUAUUUUACUUUGAGAUUUGUCUCUCUUGUGGAUUUGCCGAAUUUGCACCUAUUACCAGUAUAUAAAGUUAUUUUGUGUUUGUUUUUUUAUUUCGUUAUCUCGGUUAUGAAAUCAUUAUAUUUUAUGUUUUAGAUUUUAUUGACAUUUUCUGCUGGUGCAAAAAUGACACACAAAAAAAAAACAACACUUAACAACCACUGCAGAUUUGCCUCUGUGUGGUUUUCCACUUGUAUCUUUAGCUGAGAAGCAGCUUGUUUAACCUUAAGUCUUCACUGAGCUGAAUGAGGCAGAACUAUUUCUCAGAACUGUGCCAUAAGGACGAUUGUAGCAGUGAUGGGUCGAAUCAUUUUAGCGGUUAAUUUGAUUCCCUUUGAAUUCAGGUACAUCAGCAACUGAAGAAACAAUAAAUAUUCCGUUGCUGUAGGUUUUUAUUUGUCAAGAGAAUUUUAGAAUUUGGAGGUGACAGAAAAACACAUAGUAUUGACUAAAGCAUAUAUGAGCUGACUGAUUUUUAAGAUAUUUCUAAUCUCUUAUCUGCCCCCUUCAGAGGUUACUGGUAAAUUUUUAGGUGUCCGGUAUUUUUAAAUCCCUGCACGUAAACUCUUUUUAAUUUGAGACUGUAACAACCGGUGCUCUGACUGGUGCCACUGAUGUUACUUAUAUAAAAAUGAUGCUAUUUU